AGUUUUAAUUCAUUUCACUUAACAUUUGCUUUCUACCAGGCGAACGACGCGGACACAAAAAGUACUAGAAGAACAAGCGGUACGAAAAUAUAAAAUCUUGUAGCUACUUUUUGAAGUGUACUUCAUAAGUAGAAUACAUCAUUAUUUGAGUUUUCGUGAUUUUUUUUUUAUCCGAAAACGUUCCAAAAAAGUAAAAGUAAUCGAAAAUCUAUAAAAAGAUCAAAGUGAAAAGUAAAGCAGCGAAGUGAAUUUGUGUGCGACGACGAAAAGUGGAAAAUCUUAAUGCCUAAAGAAUACAAAAUGAAAAAAUAAAGAAAAAUAUAAUAACAAUUUACAACAAAGCAAACACGAUAAAAAGUGAACUACCUUCAGAAUACACAAUUAAAAGAGAAAAAACAAAAAGCACACACCCACUCGUACAGAAGUACAUAGUAAACAAAUAUAUAAACAAACAAACUAACAACGAAGCAGCUAAAAGUUUCAUAGUUAAAAACAACAAUAUCAACAAAAACAAUAUAAUAUAUUUUAAGCAUAAUUCUUUCACAAUUUUUGGACAACAAACUUAUAAUAACGGUGGAGAAAAGUAAAAGGCUACAACAAAAAUGGUGCAAAAAUUUCAAUCACCCGUCAGGGUCUACAAAUACCCAUUCGAGUUGGUUAUGAAGGCCUACGAAUGCCGCUUCCCGAAAUGUCCACAAAUGCCCAUUGUGCUUGAUUGCGAGAUCAUCAAAGACGAAGUGUUGGAGAAUGGCGCCAAGCGCAAUACGAGUCGACGGUGCAAGCUCGCCGUGGAUGCACCGUAUAUUUUCAAAAAAUUAAUAGGUGUAGACUUUGUAUAUUUCCUACAGCACAACUACCUCGAUCUGGCCAAUCGCACGUUGAAUAUUGAAGCUGUGAACGAAAGUUUUUCAUCGCGUAUUGAGAUAUUCGAACGUUGCCGAUAUUAUGCACAUCCCGACAAUCCGGAAUGGACCUGCUUCGAUCAAACCGCAACUUUGGAUAUUAAAAACUUUUUCGGUUUUGAACACUCAAUGGAAAAGAUGGGCAUGAAACAAUAUACACAAACAACCCUUAAGGGCAAAGAAAUCAUUGAGUUUUUCAUAAAUAAAUUAGAAUCAGAAGGUGUUACCGUAGUGGAACGUUGGAUGCCGCCAGCCGAUGCCCCGAGUACGCCGACCACACGCGAACCUAGCGAAGAACCAGCGCAACAGAACAACAUCAAGGAUGACGAACGGCGACGCUCGUCGCAUGAUGUACUACUGGAUGGUGAUUUUAUAGCGAAAAAUUUAGGCACACUCACCCCGAUGCAGGCGUCCAAAUUGCUGGAGCUGCGAAAAAUGCUGAAUGGUGACGAAGACUUGGAGGAAAUGCCAAGUUAUCAGACCAUACUGCGUUUCUUGACAGCACGCGAUUGGCAUGUGAGUCAAGCCUUCACUAUGCUCAAAGAUUCGCUCAAGUGGCGCAAAGAACAUAACAUUGAUUCACUCGUAAAAGAAUAUAAAGCGCCGGCGGUGGUAGUAAAUCACUUUCCAGGCGGUUGGCAUCAUCACGAUAAAGACGGACGGCCGAUUUAUAUACUACGUUUGGGGCACAUGGAUGUCAAGGGACUGCUGAAGUCAAUUGGCACUGAGGGUCUACUAAAGUUGACGCUACACAUUUGUGAGGAGGGCAUGGAGCGUAUAAAAGAAUCUGCUGAGAAGCUUGGACAACCUAUACUCAGUUGGUGUAUGCUGGUCGACCUCGAGGGUCUCUCAAUGCGGCACCUCUGGCGUCCGGGUGUUAAAGCUCUGCUCAAUAUCAUCGAAACUGUGGAACGCAAUUAUCCCGAAACGAUGGGUCGUGUAUUGGUAGUGCGUGCGCCGCGCGUCUUUCCCAUCGCUUGGACCAUUGUGAGCGCUUUUAUACAUGAAAACACACGCUCAAAAUUCUUAUUCUACGGCGGUCCUGAUUGUCUGCACAUGAAAGACGGUUUGGAGCAAUACAUCGAUUCCGAGAUUAUACCCGACUUUUUGGGUGGUCCAUGUAAGACACUCAUACAUGAAGGUGGACUUGUGCCAAAAACGCUAUAUAAAAUGAAUUCUCUCGAGGAGGAGGAUGAUGGAGAAGAGCAGGAGAAUAAGAAGGUGCUGGAAGCAGCCGGUGGCGCUUUGAUGCACGAACAUCGCAGUCUCUACAAGACUGUUGAACUGCGAACUGGUUACAUACACGAAGUUAUCAUACCCAAUCAGGAUCCGAAAAGUGUACUCACCUGGGAUUUUGAUGUAAUGCGAAGUGAUCUACAUUUUACUCUGUAUCGUGCGACAAAAGAGUUGCCGUCAAAAAUUGAUACCGCAGUUUCCAUAUUCGAUAUGAGCGAUUUUGUCGAGGGUGAGCACUAUUUCAAGGAGGAACCAACGCUCAUUUGCCGACACCGCGAGAGUGUGCAGGGUUCGCACGUAAUGCAUCACACGCACACCUACAUCAUGCAAUGGUUCAGUCCAUCGAGUGGCCCUGAAGGUCCAGCACAAUUAAACUUUUUCUACGAAGUACUCAGCUCGGCCAAUUACAAAGGUUCUAUGACUAGCCUCCAAUCUGGUUUCUCAUCAUCCUCGGCUGCCAGCUCCUGUCAGAGUCGAUGAUAUGAAGCGAAAAAUGGCGCUGCUUGUAGUAGUAGUGGUUGUGCGCCGGCAGCGGCUGCGCUGCUAACGACAAAUGGCAAUGGUGUGGUGGAUAAUCAACAUGAGCAGCACAAUGGCGAUGAAGAGGAGGUGCAUGAGCAUGGCAUAAUGGCGGCAAAUUCGUUGAUGGAGAAAUCCCUAAACUGAGUUGAGAGCGGCGAAGCGGAAAUACGAGUACAUGUGUAGGCUAAGAAAACAAAACAAUUAAUAAGUAGUAAUUUUCAAUAUAAGGAAAAUGAUUUAGUUAAGCAAACAAAUUGCACAACAUAAAUAUUUAUUAAAAAAAAAAAUAGUUUCCUAAAACUAUAAAGACGCUUCUACACAAAUAUGUAUUUAUUAAAUAAAACAAUAAACGAAAGGCGAAUGAUGCAAAUUAAUUUUAAA